GUCAUAAGUCAAAUGUCGUACGUGCGACCGUGUUGUCUUCCAAUUAGUUUUGAAAUGACGCCAAACGUGUUCCAGGACGAAUCCAAUGACGAGAAAGAGCCAAGGGGCCUUCCGAAAUUGGUCGCACCUCAGGCGGACUCUCAUCGGUUCGACAUUUCUUACUUUACCGUUGUGCUAUUUUUAUACUGGCACACAGCUGCUGUCUAUGGACUCUACCUCUGUUGCACAUCAGCUCGUUGGUCUACUGUCUUUUACGCUGCUAUUAUGACCGAGCUGUCAACCCUAGGCAACUUUUGCGGAGCUCAUCGUCUCUGGUCCCACAAGAGUUUCAAGGCUAAGGUACCGCUGGAAAUAAUCCUGGUGAUCCUUCAAACGCUGGGUGGUCAGAACUCCGUUUAUACUUGGGUUCGGGACCAUCGAAUACACCACCGCUAUAGUGACACCGAUGCCGAUCCGCAUAAUGCUACCAGGGGAUUUUUUUACUCACACAUCGGCCACGCAUUCGUCCAUAAACAUCCUGAAGUCAAAAGGCGAGGAAAAGAUAUAGACAUGUCUGAUAUAUUGGGCAACCCUUUGUUAGCGUUUCAAAAAAGAUACGCGUUACCAGUAUUUGUUCUAAUAGGCUACAUAAUACCCACCGCCAUCCCCAUGUAUUUUUGGAAUGAAACCUUCAAAGUCGCCUUCCAUGUAAAUAUUUUGCGGUUCAUUCUUAGCUUGAACUAUACUUGUUUGAUAAACAGCGCAUCACACAUGUUUGGAUAUAGACCUUAUGACAAAAAGGUUAUGGCCACGGAGAACCUGUCUGUAAUGUUGAUGACUCUUGGCGAAGGUUCUCACAACUACCACCACGUUUUCCCCUGGGAUUAUAGAGCUGCGGAGUUUGGUAGUUGGCUUAAUUUCUCAAAGGCCUUCAUUGACUUUUUCGCUUGGAUUGGCUGGGCAUAUGAUUUGAAGAUUGUUGAUCAGAAAUCUGUCGCUGAUAGAAUGAAGCGGACUGGAGAUGGAAUAUUUAGAAACGUGAUAUUUUGAAUGAUAAAACCACCACUCGACGACAACACCAGAAAUCGGUGACGGUAAAUGGAAUGGAUUUUAACUAAAUUCACAGGUAUAGUAGGAAGGUAUAGUAGGAAUAGUAGGAAGCGAAUAAUGUUCUGGGUGGCUAGCCGAAUGGCACAAUCGCUCACGAAACGCUCACGAAACGAAGCGCUAGUAGAUAUCUAUCUCUAUCGCGCUUGCGUA